GGAACCAACGAUCCCAAACCCAACAAACAAACAUUGCUUGCUCUCCCUCUCCGCCCCCUCAUUACUUCACUGCGAAGCCACUGAGGCGACAGCGCGCCUCCGGAUCGGCGGAUCCCGUCGGGCGCAGGCCGCCGCGAUGAUGAGCAGCACCACCCCUCCUCCGCCCUCGCUCCCCGCCGCGGGUGUAAGCUUCUUCAGAGGAUACACAAAGCUGUGCAAGGGCCUUGCUGUCGUAUUGCUUCUGGUGCACCUCUUGGUCCAGCUGUUCCCUUCGGCUGUCAACUAUCUCGCUCUUAUUCCCGCAAGGACAAUUCCCUUUGGCUGGAACCUGAUAACUGCUGGCUAUGUUGAGCAAACAAUUCCUGGGGUCCUUAUCAGCAUAGUUGGUCUUCUUUUAUUUGGGAAGUUGCUAGAGCCCUUAUGGGGCACAAAGGAGUUGUUGAAGUUCGUUUUCAUCGUCAACUUCUCAACUUCUGUGUGUGUCUUCAUAACUGCUAUUGCUUUCUACUAUGUAACACAACAAGAGACCUACCUCUAUACUCCUCUCUCUGGAUUUUAUGGAGUUCUGUCAGGAUUGCUGGUGGGGAUCAAGCAACUUUUGCCAGAUCAGGAGCUUAAUCUUUUUGUACUGAAGAUUAAGGGAAAGUGGAUUCCAUCACUCACUGCGCUGAUAUCAGUUUUUGUAAGCUUCUUCGUGAAGGAAUUGGUAUCUUACCUCCCGGUUAUACUGUUUGGCAUUUAUAUGAGUUGGAUUUACCUGCGAUACUUCCAAAAGAGGCUGGAGACUGGCCUGAAAGGAGAUCCGAGUGAGGAAUUCUCGUUCUCGAGUUUCUUCCCUGAAUUUCUAAGACCAGUUCUGGACCCGAUAGCCUCGAUAUUUCAUAGGCUUCUUUGUGGAAGAACAGAUAGGGCUGAUGCUAGGGGUCAUGCAUUGGAUACCUCAUCAUUGCCUGGUUCAGAUUCUACCGAGGCAAACAGGAGGAGGGAAAGAGGUCAAAGGGCACUGGAGCAAAGAUUAGCUGAAAAGCUCGCAGCAGUCAAGAGCACUGAGGGCACAUCGCAUGACGCAUCUGACAAAGUUUGAGCCUGCUAUGAACCAACCUGUGCAUCUUGUGAAUUCUCGGUGCUGUGUUACCAAAACGUCCUUCUCUGGAGGACAGGAACAUUCGUCGAUUCGACGAUUUCACAUGUACCUUUCAGCAACCUGAGCCUCACCGCGAGUGCUUUCUUCUUCCAUUGUAGCCCCUACUUACCAUCCGCAAGCGCUUUUAGGGGAGUAGGGACUGGUGUGAGAAAUGUGGGAUUGGAUGAUCUUAGGAACCAUACUUAAACUCCGCAUUUUGAACGUGAUGUUUCCUAGGGCAAGGCAGUUGCAUUACCUGCAUGCAAAACUGCCCAGCGUGUGGUGUUCUUUUCCUGGAUUGUCAGCCUUUAUGUUCUUGAACUCACCGGAAUUCACUGGAACGACAUUGGGCAAGGAGCCCAUUAGCUCAU